CCCGCUUUUGCUCCAGGCCUGAACUGGGACUGCUGGGGAGCUGCUCUCAUGGAGACCCUGCUUAAGCGGGAGCUGGGCUGCAGCUCAGUCAAAGCUACGGGUCACUCGGGAGGCGGGUGCAUUAGCCAGGGCCAGAGUUAUGACACGGACAAAGGACGAGUGUUUGUGAAAGUGAACUCCAAGGCAGAGGCUAGAAGAAUGUUUGAGGGCGAGAUGGCAAGCUUAACUGCCAUUCUGAAGACGGGCACAGUCAAGGUACCCAAGCCCAUCAAGGUUGUCGAUGCCCCAGGAGGUGGGAGCAUGCUUGUGAUGGAGCAUUUGGACAUGCGGUAUCUGAGCAGUCAUGCCACCAAGCUUGGGACCCAGCUUGCAGAUCUACACCUUGAGAACAAGAGGCUUGGAGAGAGGCUGCUGAAGGAGGCUGGCACUGUGGGGAAAGGAGGUGAACAGGCAGAGCGGCAGUAUGUGGACCAGUUUGGGUUUGAUGUAGUGACAUGCUGCGGAUACCUCCCCCAGGUAAAUGACUGGCAGAAGGAUUGGGUCGAAUUCUAUGCCAGGCAGCGCAUUCAGCCCCAGAUGGACAUGGUGGAGAAGAAGUCUGGGGACCGGGAAGCUCUUGAGCUGUGGUCUGCUCUGCAGUUGAAGAUUCCUGACCUGUUCCGUGAUCUGGAAAUUGUGCCCGCCUUACUCCAUGGAGACCUCUGGGGAGGGAAUGUAGCAGAAGAUUCCUCUGGGCCCAUCAUUUUUGACCCAGCAUCCUUCUAUGGACACUCAGAAUAUGAGCUGGCAAUAGCAGGCAUGUUUGGCGGCUUCAGUAGCUCCUUUUACUCUGCAUACCACAGCAAAAUCCCUAAAACCCCAGGAUUUGAGAAGCGCUUGCAGUUGUAUCAGCUCUUUCACUAUCUGAACCACUGGAAUCAUUUUGGAUCUGGGUACAGGGGAUCCUCUCUAAACAUAAUGAGGAAUCUCAGCAAAUGAACAGGCUUCCCACCAGAGGGAAGAGUCUCUUGUGGGUGUGUUGGGUCUCCUAAUAAGAUGACUCUCCAUCUAGGUCAAGACUUAGCAUCAUAAGCAUCACUGUGAACGGAGGGAAGUGCGUGGGGUCAGGUGACCUGACUCCAACGAUUUGGUCAAGGAGCUUAUGAUUCUUCAUAGUCGCUCUCCUCAUGAAUCCUUCCUAUUUAUUCCAUGGCAGGACUUGCUUAAGAUCCCUUGUUUCUUUCUCUUUUUUUUUCCCCUUUUUUUCCUAUUCUCUCAUAUAUUACAUCCUGACUGCAGUUUCCCCUCCCUCUCUCCUCAGAAUCUCCUCUGCCACGCCCCCCAGGGACAUCAACCAAGCACAGUGUAACAAGCUACAAUAAGACCAGGCACAUAACAUCACAUCCAGCUCAGCCAUAACAUAUGCAGAGAACUUGCUCAGACUCCUACAGGCUCCUGAUCACUGCAAGCCCCCAAGUACUGGCCAGUUGAUUCUGUGGGCUGUAAACUCUGUGAAGUAUGGGUUCUCACAGAGGAAAGGUUAUGAAAUUCUGUUGUGUGCAUAGUAAGACUGCCUGGCUAAAUUAGGCCUCACUGGCGAUAGAACAGACUUACUGAAGUUUAGGUAUAGUGAGCCACACUCCACUGCCAAGGUAGAGAACUGUGAGUGACUGUUAGUGUUGACCAUGGAGGGAAAUGGCCAAUGUGCCCACUUCCCAUUCCUUCCUUGCGUAUUGUCAGCAUUUCUGAGUGAUUCACAGUGAUGUUUUAUGAUGGUUAGACUUCUGGACAUGGACUCAUCUUGUAAGAAGAUUUGAAUAAUGACCAAUUCUAAAAAUCAAUAACGUUCCAUUUGCUUAUGUAGUACUUCUGGACCCUGCUAUAAGCUGAGAAGUCUGGAGGUUGGUUUGCGGACCAACCAAGCUACCAACCUUAAGGGUAACUUGGUCUCGAUUUAGGAGCCUGGAAAUACUCCGUUAUACAAGUUUGUGCUUCCUUCCUUCUCUCUCUCUCUCUCUCUCUCUCUCUCUU